GAAUUAAGUGCCUCAAUAAUGUGUUUGUUGAUUAGUCACUUUCAAGAUGGUGAAGGAGAGUUAAUAGUAGUACCUACCUGAAAGCCCUGCAAUUAUCAGCUUUCAAUUCACUCUCAACCUAUUUUCAUUCUACCUUGUAACUAAGAAAUCUAGUGAAGAAUUAAUCAAUCAGAUAUGGAAAUCUUAUCUAUUUUUGUGGACAAGGUAACAGAUUGCUUGAUCCAGCCAGUUGCGCGAGGGAUUGGGUAUUUCGUUUACUACAAGAGAAACAUCAGAUCUAUGGAAAAUGAAUCUGAGAAGCUGGAGAAUAUCAGAAUUGGGGUGCAUCAAAGAGCGGAGGCUAACCGGAGAAACUCACAAGUCAUUUCACCUAAUGUUGAGGCUUGGUUUACUAGUGUUGGUACCAUUACUGCUGAUGUGGCAGCUGUAAUGCGACGAGGUAGAAUUGAGGUUGAAAGAUAUGAUUGGUGUCCAAACUUGAAGUCACGUUACUCGCUGAGCAGGAGAGCUAAGAAAAUUGCAUUGGAGUUGAUCGAACUUCGAGAUGAAGGCAACAAUUAUGCUGUUUUCUCCUAUCCUGCUGUUGAAAAUGAACCUGUACCUAUCAACAGUGCUGAGGAGUUUCAUUCUAGAAAAUUGCAAGAGGAUGAGGUCAUGGAAGCUUUGAACGAUGACGGGGUCACUAUUAUUGGGAUAUGUGGUAUGGGUGGUGUUGGUAAGACGACACUGGCUGAGAAAAUCAGACAAAAGGCGAAACAAGAAAGGUCGUUCAAUGAUGUUGUUAUGGUAAUUGUCAGUCAACAACUAGACCGUAAAAGAAUUCAGGAUGAGAUCGCAAGAGGGGUCGGGCUUACAUUAGAAGGGAAUGAUUUGUCGAGUCGUGGAGAUCGGCUACAUCAAAGGUUAACGGAUCACAACAGCCGCACUCUUGUAAUCUUGGAUGAUGUUUGGAAGGCUCUUGAUGAUCUAGAGAAACUUGGAAUUCCCACCGGUGGCAACCACAACUACCGGUGCAAAGUUAUAUUGACGACACGUCUCCGGCCUGUUUGUGAUACAAUGAAGGCUCAGAAGAUCAUGGAAAUUGGAAUUUUACCUGAAGAGGAAGCAUGGAUCCUUUUCAAGGAGAAAGUCGGUAAUUUAGUCAACGAUCCUUCUCUGCUUGACAUAGCAAAAGAUGUUUCCAAAGAAUGCAAGGGGUUGCCGCUUGCAAUUAUUACAGUUGCAGGAGCACUAAAGCGUAAAACCAAGCCUUCGUGGGAGGAUGCCCUUGAACAAUUACGUCGUGCAGAAACAGCAAAUAUCCCUGGACUGCACAAAGAGUUGUAUAGACAUCUGAGGCUAAGCUAUGAUUACUUGGAAAGUGAUGAAGUCAAGUACCUCUUUUUGCUUUGUUCUUUGUUUGAGGAGGAUAGUGAUAUUUGGAUUGAAGAAUUACUUAGAUAUGGAAUGGGGCUUGGCAUGUUUUCGGAAAUGAACAAUUUAGAACAUGCAAGAAAUAGGGUGUGUCUUUUGAUAGAAAUAUUGAAAGACAGUUUCUUGUUAUCCCAAGGUUCAAACAAAAACUAUGUCAAAAUGCAUGAUGUGGUACGUGAUGUGGCUAUAUAUAUUGCAUCUGAGGGAGACCAUAUAUUUAUGGUAAGGCAUGAUGUGAACUCAAAAGUGUUCCCUAAAAAAGACUCUUACGAGCAAUACAAUCACAUGUCAAUAGUUGCAAAUGAAUUUGAGGAGCUUCCUAGACCAAUAUUUUGCCCAAAACUGAAGCUUCUAAUGUUGAAACUCUGUUUUGAAAAUCCAUUCAAAUUACAGGAUAAUUUUUUUAAUGGCAUGGGUGAACUCAAAGUCUUAAGCCUGGGUAGAUAUAAUGAGGACUCCAUUUGUCCUUUUCCAGCAUCCAUUCAGAGGUUAUCGACUUUGAGGACGCUGCAUCUGAUUAAUUUAAAGUUGGAUGACAUAUCUAUUAUUGGGGAACUUGUCAAUUUAGAAAUUCUAAGCAUAAGAGAUUCUCGGUUAGAUGAGCUGCCAGAGGAGAUAGGAAAUUUGGCCAAGUUAAUUGUAUUAGGGUUUUGGAAUAAGAAGAAAACACUUAAAAGGAUUUCAACAGAUGUCUUAUCAAGACUAGUUCGAUUGGAGGAACUACAUUUGGUGGGAGUAGAAGAGUGUAGUUACUUGAGGGAACUGAAAUCCUUAUCGAAAUUGAUUUACAGUAAGUUGGUCCUUCCCUCCAAGUUGACACGUUACACUAUUAAAGUGGGCGAUGCUUACGAACAGAGCAUGGAUGAUUACGACAAGAGUAUUGCUUUCCAGGUGAUGGAGACCACCCCAUUGGGUGAUUGGAUCUGCCAACUGUUGAAGGAGAGUGAAUAUGUAAAUUCACAUGGAGAGGGCUCUAAUAAUGUGUUGACUGAGUUGCAGCCAAAUGAAUUUCAGAACGUGAAAUGUCUCUGCCUCUCUCGUUGUGUUUUAGUGACACAUAUAUUCAACAUCUCUCGGACUCGGACGACACAUAAAGUAAUCAAGUUACCCAAUUUAUAUCAGUUGGAGCUUGCACAUCUGAAAUGCCUCACUCACUUUUGCAGUGACAAUGUUGACGGCAUUGAGUUCCCUCAGUUACGAAAAAUGACCUUCAGUUAUUUACCUGAGUUCCAAAAUUUGUGGCCUACGGUCAACAACUCCAUCACUCACUCAAAUCCUCUUUUUGACGAAAAGGUUUCUUGUCCCAACUUGGAAAAGCUAUGGAUCGAUUGGCUUGACAAAAUAAAUGCUCUAUGCUCUCACCAACUUCCAACUACCUACUUCAGCAAACUUGAAACAUUGCAUGUAUCGAAUUGUGGAAACUUGAGAAACUUGAUGUCUCCAUCAGUGGCAAGAGGUCUUAUAAACCUCCAAUAUUUACAGAUAGAAGGAUGUUCAUCAAUGGAAGAAGUGAUCACAAAAGAGGAACAACAAGGAGAAGGAAUCAUGACCUUAUUUCCCCUAUUGGAAGAACUAAACCUUCUAAGGCUGCCAAAGUUGGGGCAUUUCUUUCUGACAGAGCAUGCUCUUCAAUUUCCAUUUCUCAGAAAAGUGAAGAUACGUGACUGCCCUGAAAUGAAGACGUUUGUCCAACAGAGAAUAUCUGUGAGUACACCGAGUCUCAAAAGUGUGAACAAUGAUGAUGAGGUGAAAGUAGUUGAUCUCGAUAAAGCAAUGUUCAAUUCUAAGGUUUCUUGUCCCAACUUGAAAGAUCUAACCAUCUGGACACUUAAAAGCAUAACUGCUCUAUGCUCUCACCAACUUCCAACUGCCUACUUCAGCAAACUUGAAAUAUUGUAUGUAUCGAGUUGUGGAAACUUGAGAAACUUGAUGUCAACAUCAGUGGCUCGGGGUGCACUGAAUCUACGAAGAAUAUUAAUACACAAUUGUGUGUCAAUGGAAGAAGUGAUCACAGAAGAGGAACAACAAGGAGAAGAAAUCAUGACCUUAUUUCCCCUAUUGGAAAAGUUGGAGCUUAAAGAACUGCGUAAGCUGAGGCAUUUCUUUUUGACAAAGCGUGUUACUGAAUUUCCAUUUCUCAGAGAAUUGAGAAUUCAUGACUGCCAUGAAAUGAAGAUGUUUGUCCAACAGGGAAUAUCUGUGAGUACGCUGAGUCUCGAAAGUGUGAACAAUGCUGAUGAGGUGAAAGUAGUUGAUCUCAAUAAAGCAAUGUUCAAUUCUAAGGUUUCUUGUCCUAACUUGAAAGAGCUAAUCAUCAGGAAACUUAAAAGCAUAAGUGCUCUAUGCUCUCACCAACUUCCAACUGCCUACUUCAACAAACUUGAAACAUUGUAUGUAUCGGAUUGUGGAAACUUGAGAAACUUGAUGUCUCCAUCAGUGGCUCGGGGUGCACUGAAUCUACGAAGAAUAUUAAUAGACAAUUGUGUGUCGAUAGAAGAAGUGAUCACAGAAGAGGAACAACAAGGAGAAGAAAUCAUGACCUUAUUUCCCCUGUUGGAAAAGUUGGAGCUUAAAGAACUGCGUAAGCUGAGGCAUUUCUUUUUGACAAAGCAUGUUACUGAAUUUCCAUUUCUCAGAGAAUUGAGAAUUCGUGACUGCCAUGAAAUGAAGAUGUUUGUCCAACAGGGAAUAUCUGUGAGUACGCUGAGUCUCGAAAGUGUGAACAAUGCUGAUGAGGUGAAAGUAGUUGAUCUCAAUAAAGCAAUGUUCAAUUCUAAGGUUUCUUGUCCUAACUUGAAAGAGCUAAUCAUCAGGAAACUUGAAAGCAUAAGUGCUCUAUGCUCUCACCAACUUCCAACUGCCUACUUCAGCAAACUUGAAACAUUGCAUGUAUCGGAUUGUGGAAAGUUGAGAAACUUGAUGUCUCCAUCAGUGGCUCGGGGUGCACUGAAUCUACGAAGAAUAUUAAUAGACAAUUGUGUGUCAAUGGAAGAAGUGAUCACAGAAGAGGAACAACAAGGAGAAGAAAUCAUGACCUUAUUUCCCCUGUUGGAAAAGUUGGAGCUUGAAGAACUGCCUAAGCUGAGGCAUUUCUUUCUAACAAAUCCUGUUACUGAAUUUCCAUUUUUCAGAGGAGUGAAAAUUCGUGACUGCCCUGAAAUGAACGUUUGUUCAACAGGAAAUAUUUGUGAGUACACCGAGUCUUGAACGUGUGAACAAUGAUGAUGAGGUAAAAGUAGUUGAUCUCAAUAAAUCCAUGUUCAAUUCUAAGGUUUGUCUUGUGCCUCUAGUUGUAUAACUAAUUAUUAUUAGAGGAACUUUCACAAAUAUCCACUAUAAUAAACUUAAUUAUGCUCCAUAGCUAUAGUUUGCAUA